AAAAAAGAGAAAUGACGUUAUUUGAUUAUGUGCCCAAAAUCCUUAAUGAAUAACCUAGGACGAGUAGGAGGCAAAUGCUGCCCCAGCUGUUUCCUGUUGAAAAUGUCUGUGUAAUGUAGAUAAAUGUGAGGGAUUUUCUCUCUAAAUCCGUCUCCUGUUCGCUAAAUCUCACUUCUCCAAAACGAGCCUGCGCAAUGGAACAAAGUCGGAAUAUUGAGAUGUGACAUUGCCCGCAUCUCAUCCUCUUUCUCUCUGUUUUUAAUGACUAUCAAACAAGUUCAUUUUCGCCGGGCUUUGUCUUGCGGAGACCCGUGGGGAUGUCUAGCGCUCAUUCCUCUCAGUGGCAUUUCUGUGAUGUCCUCAAGGGUGCGAUGUGCUGUAUCUCCUGUGGCCACACCCUCUCACUACUGCUGUGCGUCCUCACCCUGACUCCGGCGGCAACAGGGGCGGGCCCAGAGACCCUGUGCGGGGCGGAGCUGGUCGACACGCUGCAGUUUGUCUGUGGAGAGAGAGGCUUUUAUUUCAGUAAACCGACAGGCUACGGCCCCAAUGCGAGGCGGUCGCGGGGCAUCGUGGACGAGUGCUGCUUCCAGAGCUGUGAGCUGCAGCGGCUGGAGAUGUACUGCGCGCCCGAGAAGCCCGGCAAGACUCCCCGCUCCGUGCGCUCGCAGCGCCACACAGACGUGCCCAGAACCUCCAAGGUUAGUACCCCUGGACACAAGGCGGACAGGGGCACGGAGCGGAGGACGGCGCCGCAGCCGGACAAGACAAAAAAGAAGAGACCUUUACCUGGACAUAGUCAUUCAUCCUUCAAGGAAGUGCAUCAGAAAAACUCAAGUCGAGGUAGCUCCGGGGGCAAAACUUACAGAAUGUAGGACUGGAGCGAAUGGACAUGCCCAUCAACUUGGGAAGCAAGACGGGAGUGGCCUUACCUGGUACCCCUGUGGAAUGGUUCACUGUAAAACAAAAAGAAAGUGGAUGCUAACCAUGGCCUGAAUGAUUGAAACCUCAGAGCUAAGUAGUGUCUGAGGGGUUGGAUGAGGGAUCUUGUGAUUAUUUUAUACACUGCACCAUUCCAUAUCGGGAGGAAUUCUAUGUUAACGCAAUGUAACAGACUAGUUUAGCUGCUGAGACACGAACAAGAGCUUACUAUACCUCCAUGUGCGAACUGCAGCAUCCCCUGGCUCCAGGAAAUCAGAGAGCGUCAGGCUGUGGUUGGGAAUGAGUGGUCCAAUCUUUUCCCCUGAACUUUGUAGAGGUACAUUCUUUUACUCUGAGGACGUGAAUGCAUUCACUCCUUUUGGUAAAACUCAAUACUUUGUCACCGGUCACGUAUAGCCGUUAUUACCCCUGUUCAACGCUGAUAUUUUACCUUCAGAAUUUGUUUUUUAUGCACCAUGCAUUGCUGUGUUUGUUUGUUUUUUUAAAAUGUAAUCAUGUUUAUUUUGAGGACAAAGACCAGGUGGUUCAUCAGACUUUAAAUAUUGGUCUUAUUAAUUUCACUUUGAGCCAGAGUCAAAUCCCUACUAAGUAGAGUCACUACAGGGUUUGAGACCAAUCCAAAUCCCCCCUAAGCCACAGGAAGUGUUGAGAUCUUGAAGGCUGGGGUCUCCAAUCCCCUAAAGUCCUGUUUCAGCAACAGAUGAAGCAUGAUUUGGGGGGAUUUUGAAGUGCAGUAGGUAUUACCAAAACAAAGUUGUGGCUUUCUCUGCUCUCAAAAACAGAAUAAAAUCCUUUUUUUCGUUUUUUUUUGUUUAGCCUGUCAGUGCACAUUUCUUGUUUUGUUGUCGGUUUAGUCGGUCAUUUCAAAGUCCAUAGCAGUCAAACAGUGACGAUCGGGUGAAAUGUUUGUCGUCUGCGUCCUUUUCACAUGUCACCCACCCUUGCCAGAUCUGAUUACCGUCAGCAGUCAAGUUAACCUGUGAUCAACAUUUCGGUCUGAGCUAAAGCCAGUGCUCAAGGUUCAGCACAAGCGAUGGGAGUUCAUUCUCAGUGAUUCAGAGCAACUUGCCUUGAUCACGGGACAAAAUGUUCCCAAUCCUGGAAAUGACUGUUUGUUAGCAAAAGACAGUUUGCAACCCACUCUGGUUACAGUAGGUGUAUCAAAAACUAUGGAAUACUGUCUUUACUAGUUUCCCUAUCAAGACGCUGCUUACAUCUUACUGCAUGACGAUGUCAACACUUAUCAUACUGUUCAUCAACGACUUCUACGCUCAGAAUAUGACCGUGUGCAACCCCAAUACUAACAAGCGUUUAUAAGGAGGAAGGGGCGGUUUGAAUCACUGGUCAACCACGGUGAAAGAGACACCAUUUGACAUCCAUCCAACUCAAUGUCCAACUUUCAUUUAGCUUUUUUUACUUCACUUUCACUGGCAAAUGGUUAGGAGUUUAAAAAAAAAACAAGGUUCAAAUUGGAAUUGAUAAACACAGACUACUGUAGGUGUACAUGUUACAAAAUACAUGGUUAGUAUUGCAACAUGCUUAGUUAGUGGUCAUAUUUAUCAUCAUUAAUCGGUCAAGGUUCUCCAUCAGUCACCUGGACGCUGGCCAACACCGAACAAUAGAAUAGAUACGUGUUACCAUCUCACAAUUUCUAAUCACCGAUUGUGACACGGAUAUAUAUAUAUUUGGAGAUGUGGGCAUACAUACUGAAAAAUUCUGGUGAGACUUGACUGUACCAAUAACCCAAUAAACUAACAAGUUUAAUGAUUGAUCGGUCUUGGCCUGAGAUUUUUGUUAGUUUAACGAGGCGAGCUGCAGAAUAAUCUGAAGUGACGACAAGAUAACAACAAACUGACACCGUAUCUGAUGCAAAGUCCACUAGAAAAACAUGAAAUGAAAACAGUUAAUAGUAUAUAUUGUCAACUUUACAUAUCCACCCGGACAUGCGAGAUACAGGACACAUACUAGUACACAAAUUCACACGAAAAGCACAGUGUAAAUUAGAAGUGUGCAAACAUCAGCACUGGUCGAGUACACAGAAAAGUCAGUUCUGAGAAGUCCUUGAAUGAGGACUAACACCGCCUGCUCUUUGCUGGAGCCCCCAUUAAAUCGUCAAAGACAACUCAUAUCUGGCUUUGCCUUCUCUUCCUGUGUAUAAUCAAACAAUACUCCCAUUAUGUUAACCUAUGCAUUACUAUCAUUCAUUGUACAUGAUGGUUUCAUAUAACAAAACUGUAUAAAGAAUCCUAUCCACUGUAUAAUGGUGCUAUUCUAUAGUUUGUUACUUGCAAGAGAUGGCUAAGACAGACAGAUGGCAGGGCUUACAUUGGAGGUCUUCCCUUUUGCACAGCCUUGUGGCCACGAUUUUAAUAGUGUUAUUAUUAGUGUAUUUGUAAGCUGUUUCAAUAAGGUAGUAGUGUAAGCGAGUAAAUGUAUCUGUGUGAAAUCUGUGAAUGCAUGGAGAAAAAAAAAAAAAGGUAAAGAAUAUACAAUGUUGUGGUCCCAAGAAGGCAAAAUGCUAUUUUUUCUACUGUUUUUAAAUUAUUUUCUCAAUAUAGAUCCCUUAUGCCAAAUAACUUGACAAAAGAACUGUGAACUAUAAUCCUUCCAAUUAUAUUGAAAUAGUUAAAGGUCAUGGUGUGCUUUUGUCUGUCCGGAGGUUUGUGUGUUUAUGUGUGUGUAUAAAUGCCUCCCUGGAAGCCAAAGUACUAAUCAGUAACACGACUCAAAGCGAGACUAUGCAACUUUUGCUGAACUCUGGUCCCGUGACUCACUACGGAUUCAAUGUCCUGUCUAUCUGUAGAAUUUUAGAAUAGUCAUGAUUCCAGUGUUGAAUCUAUACGCACAUUCUAAAGUAUCAAAUUUGAAAAUAUGCUGGGACUUUUAUCCAGUAAACCUAGAUUAUACACUCCAAACCAAUCAAUGAAAUGUGCCUAUUUCACAUGUUCUUAAUUCUCUUAUUCAGAAACAUUGUGUAAUUUCUUCUAACUGUUCCGUAUUCGCCUUAUAUAAUAUAAAAAUGGAUCUAAAGUAGUGUAAAUAGUACAGGAUAACACUACCAGGUGCAUAAAAUUAACAGUCUAAAAAAUUGUCUUGAAAUACGUACAAUUAUGCUUUAGUUAAGAGUACUGAACACUUUCUAUCAUUGUUACGCCUCAACUUGGCCACAAAUGUUUUGGAUGAGC